AUGAAGGACAUAACGAUAUGGAUCCUGUUGAUGUCUGCUGUGGGAACAACGAUGGAUGCAGCAUCGGUAAUGAUACAAGUCUUCUCUUGCUCUUUAAGUUUCAAAAAUUCGUCUUCCCGUUAGAACCAAUUCUCCAUGUAGAAAUCUUAAGAGUUAGUGAAAUAGAAAGUUAACCAUGAAUUUUUUUCUUUGAUUGGAACGAAAAGAAAAUAACCUUUAGCAAUCAUCCCAUUGAGAACCUAACGUAAGCACAUAUCUAUUAAGCAAACAGUUUCUUUAUUCUGCCUCUUCGGUUUGCUAAAGAUUCUGAAAAAUACGAAUGAAAGCGACAAUCGCGACUAACUCUUCGAAUUCUCUAAAAAAAAAUUCGGAUUUUAUUUAUUCCAUGCUCAAGACAAAGUUAACUGUGUUCUUUUCAAAGAAAAUUGUUUGCUUUCGCUUUGGGAAUUCGAAGGUAACCAUAAAAAAGUUCAUUAAAAGAGUGAAUAAGGUAUGAGAAAAAGGCUUUGAUUUGCAAAUUUUUUUUAGAAGACUAUACAAACAUAGAUGAAAGAGGUUUCAAUAGAUUAACAAGGGCAUUUGUACUCUUCAAUUGUCAUGAAAAGUGUGUUUGAUGGCUCAUUAAGAGGAUUGUUACACUAGAAUAGUGUACACUUGCUUCACCCUUGUUACUGAGUUACCUUGAUUGUGUAGAAGGCAUUUUUUUUCUCAACUAUUUCUUUCUCUAUCACCAGAAUAGGAUCAUUUUAAUAAAACAUUUACAUGCAUUUUGAAAGAGCACAAAAAAAUAUUUUUGACGACAGAAAUUACGUCAAUUAUUUACAAUUUCUUAUAAUUCAUCGAUUCGACCAGGUUAUAGAAAAAUUAUUUCCAGAUAUAAGGGAUAGUGUUGUACAAACAGCAUUUUAGGCAAGAUUUUCAUGCAAUGUCAUACUCCACUAUGAAAACAGUUAUACAAGAAAAGAAAACAUGGCAAUAACAACGGGUUAACUUUGGGACGAGUGCUUUACUCCGGAAUAGUAUGCCGUGAAUUUAAACAACAAAAAAGGCAUCUCGAGAGAAUUUGUAUUUCAUAAAUGAAAUGUUUUGUAUUACAGGUAAAAUUCAGCGGUGUGCAAGAUGACGGUAAGAUCAUAACUGUGUUCACUAGAUCUUUUCAAGGAUCUGUGUUACUUUUUAAGUACGGUUAAUCAAUGAUUAGUGAGAGUAGUUUAUGCAACUUAGAUGACCAAGGAAAUGUCAAUGUAAUUAAGGAUUUUGGCGUAAGAGCUGAUUUUAGGUUGAGCGCAAAUCCUUUAUUUCAACAAUGCGUUUUGCUAGCAGAACAUUCGAUUGCAACAACUUUGAUACCCGGAAAGCUCCCUCCAUGAACGGUGAGCCCAAUCGCUUUGUGGGAAAUUUUCGCACAGUUUCAUAAUCAGUGCAUAAUUUUUUUCAGUAUUCAUGGCAAGUCUUUGUUCAUGAUAAUUCGUUUCUUUCAAAAAAAGUAUGAGUAGUUUUUAUCAUUUACCGUGCGCAACUACGUGUGGCAUCAUGUAUAUGUGUACAUAUGCCACCGUUCAUUGCGGACACUUUUUCAACGUUUUUACGAUGGAGUGUAUACUAGACAAAACAUAUCAUGUGCAUUUGUACUCAUAAAGCUAUCGGAUCCCAUCGUUCAUCGCCAACGCUUUAUAAGAGUCAACGUUUUCGCAAUUGAGUGUAUACCAAACAAAACAUUAUUCCAAGUAUGAGUCUUGGCCCUGUUUUAAGACAAAGGUAUUUAUGCAUCUUCAAAAUAGCCAACUGCUAGAUGUGUAUACUUUUCUGUUAAAGUUCUCAUCUACUGCAAAUGGAGUUUAAAUUAUCUUAAUCGAUUGAAAAUCCAGGAGAAUGCAAAGAACCUCUUGGCCUUGAAAGGGGUAAUGUCACCGACGGACAGCUCAGUGCCUCUUCGGAAUGGGACGGGAACCAUAGCCCCAGGCGCGCCAGACUAAAUAUUCAAAAAGAAGGCAGCCAGCGAGGCGCUUGGUCCUCUCGCAGGAGGGACGGCAACCAGUGGCUCCAGAUUGAUCUCUUUGACGAAACCGCCAAAGUGACCGGUGUUGCCACACAAGGAAGGGCUGACAAUAACCAGUGGGUCACUAAGUUCAGGCUUCAGUACAGCAAGGACGGAAAGAACUUUCAGUUCUACAAAAGGAAAGGACAAUCUGCGAUCGAGGUGAAUCGACUCGUAGAAGUACAUCCAAUAUGACAGUCAUAGGCCAUGUUACACGAAACUAUUUGUUUUACAGCUUGUCUCACAACUAAUAGAUCUAGAACAACCAGUUCAGAGUCGCGAAUUUUACUUACGUUGCCAUCUCGGGCUCCGUGAGACCGCUAUCAUUUCUACGUGAACAUCUGCAAUGUACAGGUAACGUUAUUCCAGGCCAAUAAUGUCUCAUUUACUCUUCCCAAACUUCUUCACAGUCCAUUAAAACGUAUGGAAAUGACCUGACCUAUAUCCAACCCACUUAAAUAUUCAGGCACGGUCCAUAGCGCAAAUUAACGCAUUUUAUUUUUUACUGAUUUCUCAGGAAUUUACUGGUAACAAGGACAGAAACACCGUGGUUAGGCAUGACCUAAAUCCACCAAUUACGGCACGUUUUAUCCGUUUUCAACCUGUCAGUUGGUUUGCACAUAUUUCCAUGAGAGCGGAGCUUUAUGGCUGCUUAGCCGGUAAAAAAAUACUGUUUAACUACUUAUCCUUUUUGUUAAUCUUUGCGUCUAAAGCGCGCGAUCUGCUUGACCCCAGUGUGCUUUGCGCAAAAGUUCACUUAAGUAUGCCUAAACCUUUGGCUCUAUCAUUGUAUGGAAUGAACAAUCCAAAGUAAGACAGCGAUAUCAGAACGCAGCCUAUGAAAUAGAUUAAAACACCUACAGUGGAUCGGAGGUGAGGUGCACUUGUUACGAACAGAUGAUUUGAACAAUACAAAACCACUAGAAGUACAGGCCCAAAGUUUGUCUUAGUGACCUCUGAAUGCGAGAUCAAACAAUUCAUUGUACCUGUCUUCACCCAGCGGAGGGGGGGGGGGAGAGGGGGUACUGAUUGUCGACUUUUUAUGGAAUUUAUGCAUUGCAUUUUAAGUAAUAUUCAAGUGAUAUUCAGUGUAUAACCAUUUAUACAUAAAAUACAGGAAAAUGUAUCGAACCCCUCGGUGUGCAAAGCGGUGAGAUCUCCGACGAACAACUUUCUGCCUCUUCGGAAUGGGACAGAAACCAUGGAGUCAAACGUGGCCGACUUAACAUUGCGAAACAAGGGUCGCUGCGAGCUGCAUGGUCUUCUCGCAGGAAUGAUCAAAACCAGUGGAUACAGAUCGAUCUUCGCACUCAUUACACGAGAGUGACAGCCGUAGCCACACAAGGAAGAGGCGACUGGGAUCAGUGGGUCACCAAGUACAGGCUGCAGUACAGCCAUGAUGGAGAGAAAUUUGAAUUUUACAAGGAGCCAGGACAGACUGCACCCAAGGUAGAAGGAAGUGUAGAUUUAUCAUAAUCACUUUGUCACCACAGUCAUCAAGAUUUAAGAGGAGGCUAUAAAGCUUCUUAAAUGAUUUGGUUUUAUCAACUUAAAUAAUAGUUAACAUCAGUUUUUAAUAAGUUGCCGAAGUGGUAGUGGCUAGUAUUAGAUAUUUAUUGUGAUCCCCGAGUCGACGAGGUAAAUAUCCACCGCUUGCCUAUCAGAAUGAGGUUAAUAGCUGUUUACGUGUAUACUUGAACAGUGGAAAAUAUUGUACCAAAAGAUGGUUGUAACUCGUGCAAAAAUAAUUCCUGCAGCGAUUGUAAGAUUUCCGGGCACAAUUCUCGCGUAAAUUGUUCGGAGAUGAUGGCAAAGGAUAUCCCGUGUUUGAGUAGCCAAUCAAAGCGCGCCUCUAACACUAUCCAAUGUUCUAGCAAAUACUUGUACAAAUUGGCUACCGUGAAGAGUUUCUAGACCUGUUGUUUAGGGCGCUAGUUUCUUCAAAGGAAAUCAUGGAAUUGUGGAUUAUUUGCGAUAAGUUUAUAGAAAAAUGGAGCUAUGCUAUUGUUGGAAACAUGGUAACGUGAAAAGUAUCAGAGUAAAUAAGCUGUAUGUAAAACUUUCGUUGAUACCGUAUUCUAUUCUAGAGUCUUGCGGCUUUUCGAAAUGCCAAGAUGUAGGGAGAGGCCGCUGACUGCCAUAUGCAUUUGCUGGUUGACUGAUUUGGGAGAUAAAGUGUCUAUCGACUAGUUUGGAUGCGUUACUUUCUAUGUUAACAGUACCAAGGGGUAUAAUAUAAGAGAUUUAUUCCGGCGCUCAUUAUUUUUGUUUAGGAUUUUGCGGGAAACAAAGACAAGUACACCAUUGUUUUUCACAAACUAAACAAGCCAUUCUUUGCACGUUUCAUUCGAUUUCUUCCUCGGUCAUGGCGUUCACACAUCUCCAUGCGGAUAGAGGUGUAUGGCUGCUCAGGUACGAAUCAUCUCAUCUUUUUAAAAGUAGUUUCUCCUUCUUUAUAUGUGGGAGAAGCGAUGGCGUUAUGGUUAGUGCGCUGGACUCGGGGUCGAAAGCUCCUUGAAAGACUGGUUCGGCCAAUAUUUAUGAGUCGUGUUCUUGGGCAAAACAAUUUAAUCUACCUAUUACAGUCCCUUUUCAUCCACCCAGGUCUGGGUCGUUCAAAGCUGGGUUAAGAUAUCUCAGAGUUGGUGUUAAAUCUUAUUCAGCGUAAUUCUUGUAGUCUGCAAUUUAUUGAUUGGAUGCCCUUAAAGUAAUAAAGAAAAUUAACCGAAAAAAUUCUUUUUGAGCAUAGGAAUAAAAAACCCCGAUUAUAGUUUAACCCUGGGUCAGUCCAAUACUGGAACGCCGUUGUAUACUCGACGAUAUUACACCGAGCCUUUUCAUUGUGCUGUAAAAUCUCCUCACCAAAAUUUUGAAAGCCACGUCCUACAUUUUUCAAGCAUGUGAGGUUUUAUCGCUUAAAGCUUUCCCUAAGAUCACGAACUGAAUCAUUUCGAUGGCGGAGCGGAACCAAGUAGGUAAACAUGGAAACACAAGUGACUCGUGGGACAUUUCAUGAUAUAUCACUCGAAUCACUGAAUAACAAGUACUUUCACGAAUGCUCUUCGCUCUCUAGCUCUGGUAGAAAACAUGGACCAGAACGGAGAUGGAUUUGCCAACCAAAAUGAGGUGGAAAGCUUUGGUUUAAAGUGGAAGGGUAGUGUGGAACAAUUCGAUCUGAACGGUAAGUGUACAUGUAUCCAUGUAUCUCUCUAUCUUUUGUUAUGUUGAAGAUCUUGAAGUGAACGUAAAUGAGAAUAUCAAAGAGGAACUUACCUUUAGAAUAGAUUUUAUAAGGUGGCUAGGGGAUUCUACCUUUCUUGUAUGGAAACAAUCUUGCUGUUAUCAGUAUUUAAACUAGCUAAAUAGGUAUGUACUGCCCCAGAGUAAAUGGUUUUGUGCUGUUUUGGUCGGAAAAUGGGUAUAGAUUUUGUCAAUUUUGGUAUCGAAUUGGAUAUGAUUUUCAAGGGAAUCAGAAGAACGUGUGAAGGCAGUUUCAAGUUGAAUAAAAUAAUGGAGAGAGAAAGGUCAUAAUGAUAAUGAUGAAAAAAUAUAUACAUAAAUAUCAUUUCAACGGAUGAUUUUGGAUGUGUCAUGAUUAAAAUUACCUUUCUAUCCAUAUAGACAACUCUGUAAUAUUUUUAUGACCACCACCCCCUCCCCUCAUUGGCAGAUAAUUGACAGCCAAUUUUCAAUAGUCCCCCCCUUAUACUCUGUUGGUAACGACUGAUUGCCCCCCUUCCGUUCCCCGGAAAAACCAUUUGAUUCCCCAGCCAAAAUCCACCGUCCCCCUCCCCUCCCGGGAAUAAACAAAUAGUGACUGGCCUUUGAGGUCUAAAUUGAAAUGCUCCGAAAUUACUGUGAAUUUCUUUUCUUUUUUUUUUCACAGCUGACGGCAAACUUAGUCUGGAAGAGUCCAAAAUUAUGACGUCCAAAAGUCCAUAUGAUUUGAAGAAAAUCAUGUGCCAUUUCGAAGCCACUGAUACGAACAACGAUUUGUACGUGACGGCUGGGGAGCUGAAGAAACGAUUUGAGUACUUAAAAUACGACAUCUCACUUAAUGGUGUUACAGAAUUUAUUAAGAAGGGAGACGUUGAUGAACUGGAUAAUAAAUUCAGUUACAACGGUGAGAAUAGAAUUUAUCACAUCGGCAUCAUAAGUAGGGAGAUAAUACAGCUGUGCAGUACAUUGUAUUCCACGACAUCUAUUUGCAGAAUGCAUUCUUCGUUGUCAAAACGAAACACAUUUUCCUAAGGGUAGAAAACACGCGAAGACGUACAAAUUAAACAAGAGGGAACGUGAAAGGUCAAGGAUGGGCCGAAAGAGUGAAAAUAGAUAAAAGAGAAAAUAAUGAGAAAAAACCUCUGUCCUAAAACUGUUUCUUAGUGGAACAGAUUGUGGGUGUUUAUCUUGAAAGAUUUUAAUGCACAAACUGAGACAUGGCGAUCAAAGAGACCUUGAGAUUCAAGGACGACUUCGACUACAAACUCAGUACCUAAUUCGUUUUCAGGGUUUUGACGAAUGCCAUGGAAAUAGAUGCAUCUGUAUAUUAUGAGACUUCAUUGAGUUUUUUUAUAAAACAAAGUUUGCUCAGCUUAACUUAUUAUUGUCGGUGAAAGAUAAACCUGUUCAGAUUUAA